AUGCACGUGGACGAAACGAUUAGUGAACUAAAAAUUUCUGUGGAGUCUGCGCACGAAAAAACUGAGACAGUAGAAAAAACGCAACUGACCCAAGAGAAAGCAUUAAUCGAUCUUGGAACUCAAAUGAAUAAUACAAGUGCGUUAAUAAAGGAUUUAAAGAAUGAGCUUGUUGACCUCAAAGCACAAUCCAUGUGGAACAAUCUGAUAUUUUACAACGUGAAUGAAUGCGCGGAGGAAGACCCAUUUGCUGUUGUACAAAAAGUCCUGGUCACUAACUUUAAAUUUAAAGAUGAAGAAGUAAAAGCAGAUGAAAUUGGGCAAGCCCACCGCCUUGGUAGACGAGACCCGAAUAAAGACAAGCCAAGGCCUCUUAUCGCGAGGUUUUUGAGAUUUCAAGACAAAGAGUCCAUCCCACGAUUGGCCUAUCGACUUAAAGGCACCAACAUUGCUGUGGCCGAACAAUUCCCAAAAGAAAUUGCCGCUAGACGAAAGGAGCUCUAUCCCAUAAUGAAAACUGCAAAGAAUAAAGGUCAUGAAGCAAUAAUGGACCAACUUAUUAUAAAUGGCCAGGUGUACAGAGGUUAA